AUGGCUGGCCGGGUCGCCAAGUUUUUGAUCAGUGGUGCACGAUUGGCUGGGGUUCGACACUACAGCAGUGAUGCACGCACUGUCACCUUAAUACCUGGAGAUGGCAUUGGACCAGAAAUCUCGGCAGCUGUACAAAAAAUUUUCUCUGCUGCUCGGGUUCCAAUUGUCUGGGAAGAAGUUGAUGUAACACCAGUGAAGGGCCCUGAUGGCAAGUUUGGGAUACCUCCAGCCAUUGAUUCAGUUAAUCGAAAUGGAAUUGGGUUGAAAGGCCCUUUAAUGACUCCAGUUGGCAAGGGUCAUCGCUCCCUGAAUUUGGCUAUUCGUAAAGAAUUUAAUCUUUAUGCUAAUGUACGUCCAUGCCGGAGCAUGGAGGGAUAUGAGACACUCUGAGAUGUGGAUGUGGUGACCAUCCGUGAAAAUACUGAAGGAGAAUACUCAGGUAUUGAGCAUGAAAUUGUAGAUGGUGUAGUGCAAAGUAUCAAGUUGAUCACAGAACCAGCUUCUCGUCGUGUAGCAGAGUAUGCCUUUCAGUAUGCCCGUAAUAAUGGAAGGUCUAAAGUAACAGCAGUCCAUAAAGCAAACAUUAUGCGAAUGUCAGAUGGACUUUUCCUGCGUUGUUGCCGGGAAGCUGCAGAGAGAAACCCUGACAUCAAGUUCGAAGAAAAGUAUUUGGAUACAGUAUGCCUAAAUAUGGUACAAGAUCCAUCAAAGUAUGAUGUGUUGGUUAUGCCUAAUUUGUAUGGGGAUAUUCUUUCUGACCUUUGUGCUGGAUUAGUAGGUGGCUUAGGUCUAACACCAUCUGGAAAUAUCGGUGAGGGUGGUGCGGUCUUUGAGUCGGUUCAUGGCACAGCACCUGAUAUUGCAGGUCAGGACAAAGCAAAUCCAACAGCGCUUUUGUUAUCUGCAGUAAUGAUGCUUCGGUUUAUGAACUUGUAUAAUCAUGCUACAAUUAUUGAACAAGCUUGUUUUGAAACCAUCAAAGAAGGUAAUUUUCGAACCGGUGAUCUAGGGGGCAAAGCAAAGUGUUCAGAAUUUACAGAUGAAAUUUGUCGUAAGAUUCAGGAAAGGAAUGGGUAAGGCUUUUAUUUUGCAUUAAUAGACUUGCAUGCAAUAUUACAAAUUAAGAUAGACAACUAGCACAAAAAUUUAGACUACCUAAUAAAAACCCAGUUAUAAUGUUCUGAAUUUAGUGAAUACUAUAUAACAAUGUGUGGUGUAAACUUUUAAUUGUAUACACUCCCAUUAUCUUAUAGAUUAAGUUGGCUCGUGAAACCAGUCAGUGAUCUCAUCAAGGAGUGCAUAAAACUGACUUUGUUAAAUUUGUAUAUUUUUGUGUUUUGAAAUUUGUUAUACAUAUAUAGGGUGUUUAACCUUUAAACUGUCCAAACGUAGAUCUACGUUCACGUGCGUAGUCCUCUGACCUUUAUUUUCUCUAUUUGAAAGCAUGUAAAAAAAACAUAGAUCUAUGUUCGGAGCGCUACGCACGUCAGCGUAGAUCUAUGUUUGGACAGUUUAAGGGUUAAAAAAGAAGUAACCCAUUUGCUACUAUAUUUAAUAAACUGCUGGAAAUGAUUACCAUUUCACUUUACAUAAAUGAACUCAACAAAUGGCCACAAUCCUUUCUUCAGUAAGAAUUUCCAAGAAGUAAUGGGUUGAAUUUGGGAUACUGUAUAUACGUAUAUAUACAUUUUUAUAGGAUGAUACUUGCUAUUAUUAGUCUAAGCCUAUCAAAAUACCUCACUUUGCUGUGGGCACAGGUCAGGAGAUAAAUACUGAUAAUGCAAGUUCUAAUUGAUGCAUGUUUGUAAACGUGGCUGCAUAAGAAUUGUUAAUGUAUAUACCUGUACUUUUAAAUUAUGUGUAUCACAUGUACAGAAAUAAAGCAAAAAAUAAAAAG